CGUCAUCUCCGUGUCUCCAUAGAAUGUUUUCAAGGGGGCGGCUAUUCGAUUAGCAUGGAGGUAGUAACUGAAAAACGACGCUAAAAGUCCAAAUGUCUGCCGUUUAACAAGUUGUGACAAGUCAUUUAUGUCAAAGGACUGACUGACUUCAAACCAGCAGAAGACUGAACAAUGGGCCAGAGAAGGAAAGUUGGAUCUACGAACACUCCCUCAUCUCAGAGUGAAUCUGCAGACGCUUCCAAGGUCCACAGCCGGAAGCACAACAUCUGCAUGGUGUCGGACUUUUUUUAUCCAAAUAUGGGAGGAGUAGAAAGUCAUAUUUACCAGCUGUCUCAGUGUCUGAUCGAAAAGGGACACAAGGUGGUAAUCGCCACGCACGCCUAUGGCAGUAGGAAAGGUGUCCGGUACCUGACCAAUGGCCUGAAGGUCUACUACCUGCCCCUGCAGGUGAUGUACAACCAGUCCACAGCCACCACCUGCUUCCACAGCCUCCCUCUGCUGCGCUGUGUUUUUGUCAGGGAGCGCAUCACCGUGGUGCACGCACACAGCUCCUUCUCUGCAAUGGCCCAUGAUGCACUGUUCCACGCCAAGACGUUGGGCCUGAACACGGUGUUCACUGACCACUCUCUCUUCGGCUUUGCUGACGUCAGUUCCGUGUUGACCAACAAGCUCCUGACCGUGUCGCUGUGUGACACCAACCACAUCGUGUGCGUCUCGUACACCAGUAAGGAGAACACGGUUCUACGGGCAGCACUCAACCCAGAGAUCGUGUCCGUUAUCCCCAACGCCGUCGACCCCACGGAUUUCACCCCGGACCCUUCACAGCGUCCACCCGACCGGAUCACAAUUGUUGUCAUCAGCCGGCUUGUCUACCGUAAAGGAAUUGAUCUGCUUGGUGGAAUAAUCCCAGAACUUUGCCUCAAACAUCCCGAUCUGCAUUUCUUAAUUGGCGGUGAGGGACCGAAGAGACUCGUGCUGGAGGAAGUGAGAGAAAAAUACCAACUUCAUGACAGGGUGCGUCUGCUCGGUGCCCUGGAACAUAAAGACGUGCGAGGCGUCUUGGUUCAAGGUCACAUCUUCCUUAACACAUCGUUGACCGAGGCCUUCUGCAUGGCCAUCGUGGAGGGAGCCAGCUGUGGACUGCAGGUGGUGAGCACCCGAGUGGGUGGAAUUCCUGAGGUGUUACCUGAAGAUCUGAUCACACUGUGUGAGCCGACCGUUCGCUCCUUAUGUGCCGGUUUGGAAAAGGUAAUUGCCAAGCAGAGGUCUGGCUCGGUGCCCUCUCCCACCUCCAUCCAUUCUCGGGUGAAAAACCUCUACACAUGGAAAAAUGUGGCCGAGAGGACUGAAAAGGUGUAUGACAGAGUAGCUGGAGAAGAGGUGCUUCCACUGGACAGGAGGUUACGGAGACUCAGGUCUCACUGCGGCCCCGUUGCAGGCUCCCUUUUCGCCCUUUUUGCCGUGCUGGACUUCCUGUUCCUGCUGCUCCUGCGGUGGUUGGCACCCGACCGGCACAUGGACAUGGCUGUGGAUGCCACAGGCCCAAAUGGACUGUGGAAGGAGAAUAGGAAGAAUAGCGAUGCUGGUUGCUAAUGUGCCAUGAAGCGAGUAUCAGAAACAAAAAUCUCUCAUCUUCAGCUCUUGACAUCAUGUUGCAGGAGCCCAGCUGACGUUGUUGUGACAGCUACUGAAUUCUGAAUGUGAUCAGGAGAAUCCUUAACGGUGUUUACAUUUUAUUAACAAAAGGGGAGUUUGUGUUUUUGCACUUUUUAAAGAUUUAUACACCCAUACGGUUCAGUGCAAAAAAGUCAGUUGUUUCUGUGUACUUCUUUUAAAGUUAAAAGAAGUAUAAAGAAACUUCUUUUAAACUGGUCUUGAUUUGUAGUUCUGAAUUUUUUGGGGUGGACUAUCUUUAUAGUUUAUAUAUUUACAAUUCUGCAGCUUGACAGUUUAUUUCUAAUCUUUAUUUUCUCUCCUCCACAUUGUCUGCUUUUUAUGUAUUUAUUCAAACUGUCACUAUAUCAUGACACUAUGGUACGAAACAGAUGAUCUGAAAAAAUCUGUCUUCUCCCAGUGCUCCCAGUGAUAAGUACAAACAGCCAAUCAGAGCCAGAAGGCAGGCCUUAGCGCCAUCAAUCACAAACUAGUGUGGCGCUACUCAUCCUCUCUCCCCGUCCCUCUGCCACGCUGCUGCUAGCAAAGCCUGUUAUGAAUGCUCAGUAAAGUCAGCAUGGUUAUUGAUGAUGGUGGUUAAAUGGUUUUCCUGUAGCGGUAAGUUGUUAAUCCCCCAUUAGCACAUUUAGCAGUGAGCAUAUGAGGUUGAUUGACAGCCCUAUGACCCUCCUUCUGUUUCGGAUUGGUUGUUAUUGAUCAGGUAGCUCCAGAAAGAGGUGCAGGAGAUUGAUCUUUUCACAGAUUAUCUUUCUCAUAGCCUACUGUCACGGCAUGGUGAAAUCAUAUUGUUUAUAAAAGUGACAUACUGCAGCUUUGGUAACACUUUAUUUGACGGGUUCCUGUCAUGAACAUAACUGUCAUGACAGGUGUUAUGUCAUGUUUAUGACGGUGUCGUGACAGUCUUAUUCACAACCUGUCAAAUAAAGUGUUACUGCAGCUUUACUCAUCUUUAGCCACAUACUGCCCAAGUACCAGAACUGCAUACUUGUCUUAAAAUGAGCACAAAAAAGCAGGGAGAGUCCAGAGGAAACUGUUGAUGAACGUUCAGAUAGUCUUGAAAACUACUGACCAAGGCAACUGAAAAAACUUGAGACAGAAAUCUGACUCUCUGGAAAAGAAGCAUAAAGAACUCAGAUUUUAAACUUUUGCACAGUGUCAUUAUUGCACAGAAAGAAAGGGGAAUGGAAAACAUUUAAAUAUGCAAAGAACAGAAAAAAAGCUGCAGUAUAUUGUCUUCUGUUACUGGUGGACUUUGUACGAUUUAUAAAAUUCACUUUUAUAAAAAAGCAUCCUCAUGAGAGGUUUUUAUCAUUUGACCUAAAAUCAAUCUAGGAAAUAAAAGUACUUUUACAUUUAAAAACUGUUGCUACCUGUCUUGUUUUAAAUUUUUAUUUUCUAAAGUUCAAAGAUGCUGUGCCAGACGAAGGCAUAAAGUUAAAACAGUAACCUGAAAGAAAGUCUAAUUUUGAUGAUCAUGAUGCAUAGAAGCAAUAAAAGAGGGUAAAAUAGGUGCUAAUACUUUUCAUAAGCACUGUAGGUUUAACACCUCACAAAUGUGAGGUGUUAAUCAAUCAAUCAAUCAAUCAAUCAAUCUGAUAAUCCACAGAUCAGUCAAGAAGGUCAAGGUAACUCUGGAGGAGCUGCCGAAAUCUACAGCUCCAGUAGGAGAAUCUGUGCAACUAUCAGUCAUGCACUUCAUCUGAACUUCUACUUGCAGUUUCCCUCAAACCAGUAGGAGAAGAUGUGGAGGAAAGCAGACUUCAAUGUUAUGGCCCAGAAGCGAAACACUAAAAGUGUGGCAUAUAACUGACUUUGCACAUCACCAUGAACGCACCACGCCCAUAAUGAGACUUAGUGGCUGUAGCAUCAUGCUGUGGGGAUGAGUUUCUUCAGCAGGGACACGGAAGCUGGUCAAAGUUAAACUGAGAUGCAGCAAGGCCUGAAUGGACUAGCUCUCGAACCAAUCUGUGAUUAUUUUUGUAAGACCUUCUACAUCUGGUUGUAUAGAUUCCUUAACUAAUAUUGUCAAACCAAUAAUAUAAACAUCACUUUCUCAUUUCACUGAAAUACCAAGAAUUAAAACAAUCUUUUUGUUGACCCUCACUCCCAAAACCUUCACAGCGUAGCAGAGUUGCAAGAGUGUAUUAGCUGUACUUCCAUCCCCAUUGUGCCUAUAGACCCCUCAGACUAUACACAAUGCCUUUCUCUUCAUAUGCACAUGUAGAAGUGUUUUUCUCUAAAACAUUCUCCAGGACGGUUGCCACUGCUAUUGUUAUUUAUGUCUUGGCCAGUAUCCUGAGAAGCUGAAACGUGGGGGAGGUGACCAACUAUCCAGAUAAGAGUUGGAGCAAGGCCGAGUUCAAGUCUGUGUUUCAUGUGAUUUGAAAGAGUUUGUUGUUCCUUGACUCUCAUGAUGGCCACUAUUUCCACGAGGUCCCAACCUUUGCAAAACCGUUUGUACAUCUACAAAGGCCUACCAUGCAACUCGCUGAUGGCUGGUGAGUGUUUGUCUUCGCUGAUUUUUACUGUGGCAGCUGGAAAGAACGUUGUUACUUUGUGACACCCGGACGGGCUCUUCCUUAGCCAAGCAAAAACAAUGGUGGAUAUUUUCCAUU